AUGUCUUCCGAGGCCAGUGUGAGCGCCCUGCAGUGCCUGGUGGAGCAGCUGAAGCUGGAGGCCUGUGUGGAGAGGAUCAAGGUCUCUCAGGCAGCUGCAGAGCUUCAGCAGUACUGCAUACAGAAUGCAUACAAUGACGCUCUGCUGUUUGGUGUUCCAGCUAGAAGCAACCCCUUCCUGGAGCCCAGGUCCUGUCCAUUAACUUGA